AUGGCUGAUGUCGCGGUUUUCCCUUCAGAGUGUAUUGCUUUGUCAAGACUUCCCUCGCUGGACUCCCUACCCGACAGAGGUGCUAACAACAAUAGCCCCAUGUCAGCUGGCUCUCUUUCCGACGACGAUGCACCCUUCCUGGCCAGUAUCGAUGGAGGAGGAGACUCAGCGAGCGAUGAAAUAUCCCCCCGACUUGCUCGGAGGCUCUAUGUUUCCCACUUUCUAUCCACUUGGAAUUUUCGCGGAUUCGAAUUCGGCGCUGUUUUGUUCCUAGCCAACAUCUUCCCAAAUACAUUGUUACCGCUGUCCAUCUACGCGCUGGUCCGGGCGUUGGCCGCUAUCGUUUUCGCCCCUCUUGUUGGACGGUACAUCGAUACAGGUUCACGUUUGAAGGUUGUUCGCGAUUCAAUUGUCUAUCAACGCGGAGCUGUCGUGCUUUCCUGCGGCGUCUUUUAUAUCAUGCUCUGGCAAAGGCCGUAUCUCAACACGUGGAGUCUUUACGUACUCCUGGCUGUCACUAUUGUCCUGGCUUGUGUUGAAAAGCUCUGUGCAAUCAUGAACACAGUGUCUGUCGAAAGAGAUUGGGUCGUGGUCAUUGCGGGCGACAACGAAGUAACCCUCCGAGCCCUCAAUUCCCAAAUGCGUCGUAUCGAUCUUUUCUGCAAACUCUGCAGUCCUCUGCUCACCGCCUCAUUGGAGAGCUACAACACAAGAAUUGCCAUUGCCGUCAUGGGCGCCGUCAAUGCCAUCUCGACCAUCGCAGAAUAUGUCCUCAUUGCAAGGGUAUAUGAGGCGUUCCCGAGUCUUGUGCGCGGUCAUCCGUCUUCGACCCGGCCAGACGAAUGCAGCGAUGACCUGACACAAGCAUCUGAGUCCGUCCCACGUGAUCCUGUUAGGCUAUCGUUGUGGCGAAAUUUGAAGAUAUACAUGUCUCAAGGUGCCUUCCUGCCUUCGCUCUCACUAUCCAUCCUGUACCUGACAGUAUUGUCCUUCGGUGGACAAAUGGUCACAUAUCUUCUGGCGAGCGGUUAUACCUCAACAAUGAUUGCGCUGAUCCGCUUGAUAUCAACUGGGUGUGAAAUGUCGGCUACCUGGAUGGCGCCAACAGCCAUGGCUUGGAUUGGGCCGAUCAGAUCCGGCCUUUGGUUUCUCAACCUCCAAAUGGCCUGUCUCGCAGUCGGCCUUGGUUUCUUCUGGAUAGCGGCGUCGCCGAUUUGGGCCGCCUCUGGACUUCUUGGAGGCACAAUCUUCAGCCGCAUUGGCCUCUGGGGUUUUGAGCUCUCGACACAAGUGAUCAUCCAAGAACAGGUCGAACCAGAAUAUCGUGGGGCUUUUUCGACAACCGAGUCCUCCCUUCAGAAUAUCUUUGAACUCUGCGCAUACGCGUCGACCAUUAUAUUUCCUCAGCCGUCCAACUUCAAAUGGCCUGCCACUGUGUCCGUUGCGGCCGUCUACACUGCUGGAGCCCUGUACGCCAGCUUUGUGAGGCGUAGACGCGGGCAUUUGGUGCACGUUUCAAAAUGCCUAGAAGGAAGGAAACAUUCGAACCUAGAAUUGGGAAGGGUCUACCAACAUCGCAGAUCAGAUUUGGGAUAG